AUGGACAAGAGUUCUAGAAGCCAAUCAGAUAGAAGUCGGAAGAAAAGUGAUAAGUCGCAUUCUGAUAGUACAAAAGGCUCCAAUCAGGAAAAACCAUUAAAAGUGGGAAGCGCCGAGAAGAUGCUUCCCUCACCGGCUGGUAGCACUCCGUUAAUGAAAAAAGGGAAUAGCAAGAAAAGGGACAGCGAAUUGAAACUACGCGAUCUAGCUGAGGUAAUCAAGCAGCCGCUGACUUCUAGAGAAUUCGAAGUUUACUUGAAUCGUCUUGCCCACUUCGCUAUCGAGUACUACAACGAUCCCACUGUUUACGACGUAACACCAAGUACGUAG